GAGGCCUGAGAGCCUUGCUUUGCGGGCUAAAAGCGCGGCCAGCCUUCUAACUCUUCCAUUGCCGCUUCCCGUUCUGCCGCCUCCCGCGAUCGAAGUCAUUGUCGCAUUGCAGAGCUCGGCGCAGAGCUUGAUAUCUCGGCCCCGGACCGACAGCGAGCUGACGCUCACAACCGCAGCCAUCGGCCAUCCAUCGGCUGCGCCCAGGCCAGGCGGUUACGAAAGGCUGAAUCGGGGCGUCUCCAGCCCCACUGGAGGGCAAUGGCCGACCGUCGGCCACUCAUCCACGAGGCAUCAGAAGGGUCUGAUACAGCGAACAACACGCCUGCAUUGCCGUCGCUGGGCUUCUCUUCCGGCUCCCAUUCCCUCGGAUUCAGCCCAAUUGCCCAAGUUUCGCCGCCGUCGAGCCCGCCCGCCUCGCGACCGGGCUACCAGCGCCUGCAGAGCGAUGCGACUGCCGUCGAGAGGAAUACGCCCUCUACAGUACACGAGGAGGAUGAGGAGGAUAUCGCAGACAGUUUCAGGCGGCGCACGGCGGCGGGGCUAGGUAUUGACAGCCCUGCGUCGCCCCCAGCGAACAGUCGGCGAGUGUCUAUACAGACGAUACCGCGACGUCCUGUCGCAUUCGGCCCGAAAAGCCCGCCCAUAAAGAGCCCAAGCACACUCAGUCCUCCGGGCACUGGCGACCCAUUCAUAGGCGGGUUUCCGAAAGAUUCACCGGGCAGCACACCGGAUCUGAGGCGAGAGCGGUACAGUCCGAGAGACGAAGGAGGAGAAUACGAGGACUACAGGCGAGGUGUGCUGAAGAAUGCGACAAAGAGCAGCACCAGCCUCAACGAUGAUUAUCAGCAAUACUUACAUUCCUCCGAUACCGAAAGGCUGCGCAAAGGCACGUCCAUCAAGUCUGCUUAUGAGACAAACUUCCGCCCCAACCACGAAUGCCCGACCGCAAAGGACUUCUACCAAUCUCGAUUCACGUGGAUCUCCAUUACCAUAGUUAUAAUAUGUUUCUUCUCCACGGUGUUCUCCGGCAUAUUCCUCGGCCUCGCCUUGAAAGCGCCGAGAUACGGGCGAAGGAUAACCAGCCAGGGUUCGUUCAAGCCUUCCGAUGCCAUUAUACUCACUUCCGUCAUGGCAAAACUUAUCGAGUUAUCGUUUGUCACAUCAUUCGUGGCUUUCCUUGGCCAGGUGCUUAGUCGAAGGGCUUUUAUGAAGGAGCAGGGGCGCGGUGUCACCCUAUCGGAGCUGAGCAUGUGGCGCUGGGUAGUUCAACCUGGGACGCUUAUCACUCAUUUCGAGACAGCUCGGUACUCAGGUCUAUCCGUGUUAGGCAUUCUCAGCCUUUUGAGUGCAAUUUUAGCAACUCUCUAUACGCCUGCCGCGACUGCUUUGGUGCAACCAAUGCUUAAGGACGGUGACUGGGACAACAAACUCUUUGCAGGCAGAGUGAAGACUGAUGUUGCCAACAUCAAGUAUCUCCAAUCGAUAUGCGAAACGCCUAUUACGCUCGACAUGGACAAAGAAAACGCCGGCAAUACGUGUCUUCAGAUUGAGCAUGCAGGUCAAGGAUAUCACAACUAUCAGCGCUACCUCUCAUAUUGGAACCAGGCCUCCAGGUACGGCAAUGGGACGUCAGACCAGCACAACCGACCUCCGGGGUUCGGGCUCUUGCAUGAGAAUACUACCAUAACGGCUCAAUGGGUCAACGUCAUUGAUACCAUUGAGGUUUCCAAGCAACACAAACGCGCAGUGAACAACGUUUCUCUAGCGAUGCCCCACUCAGGUGUCUUCGCAGCUGCCCGCGACCAGAGGAACGAUAUCCUACAACCUGAGGAGCUGAAUUCUGAAGGCACUUACGUUCUGAGGGCUAGCGUGCCCAGCCCAGUAUUGAAUGUACUGUGCACCAAUCUUAAGGAAGACGAGUUGGCACCUAUCGUGUACUCUGCGUGGCCUAACAGCGAAGAUGUCGACAUAAACUCGUGGACUACGCUCUCGGCAAUCGCGACGACGGCAAACAAGACCGUCGUAGAUGACAUCUUCGGUUGGACCAAGAGGGACAGCGAGGCAUUCACUGACUACCCGCCCGUCUUUGCGAAAUAUCCCAACGCCUUCAAUACCAUCAUGAACCACACCAGCUAUUACUGGGGAAGAGACUCGAUAUACCUGCUCGGCGGCGGUGGCGCAAUGGACGACGGCAUUAACCUAAACGGUACAUACGUCCUUUGCAAAAUACGCGUUUAUAUGACACCGGAAUGCAGUACCCGGUACAACGUCACCGGUUCUGGAGGUACAAUGGAAGCUCUUUGCGAAGAUAAGAACGACGGCAUGGCCUACAUCAAGAGCAUGACGAACGCCACGCAAGGGCAGAGCGUCCUGAAUUGGAGAUAUGUCGGCUUUGAUUGGGCAAAUAGCAUGUCGUUGAACACGGGGAUUAUGGACGGCAACGCGAGUAACUCCCGAUUGUUGACGCAGCUGAUCCUACACGAGAACGCAAAGGGAGAGAUCGACUUGAAUCCUGCGCUGCCCAGCCCGGCAGAGGCCCUCGCCGUCAUGAGUGGCUGUACGCUGCUCAUGUCGUGGAUCGAUGCGCCGUUCGUCAUGUUCUGGAACUACACCCGCCCCAACCUCGACGAGUACCAAACUCAAUUCUUCAAUGCUUCCGUCAAAGCGCAGCAAUAUGCCUCUGGCGGCGUCGACAACGUGUCUAAAGGCUGGAUAGUUAUUCUCCUCCUAGUCUUCCUGAUGAACAUCUUCGUCCUCAUCUACUUCCUCUUCCACAAAGGUCUCGUCACAGACUUCAGCGAACCGCCGAACCUCUUCGCCCUGGCUGUCAACUCGCCUCCCUCGCACCUGUUCGCCGGCUCCUGCGGCGGGGGGCCCGAGGGGAAGCAGUACGUAGUCAAUUGGUUCGUUAAUACCGAAGGAGACCACCUUUACAUGGAGCCCGGACAAAAUCCCGUCCAUGAUCAUUCGCACCAUGCACAUCCUCAUGUGCAUGUUCAUCAUGCGCCCAACCCAGCCAAGCCCAGCGGUACAGGCUUCUUUGGCGGAGUCACGGCGCCCUUUAACAAACUCCGCGAGCGGGGUUUACAUUUUGGGAGGACGCAGGAUCAGACGCGGUUACGGCCCGCGAGCGUCGUGGAAACGGACUUUGAGCUGGAGGAUGGACACACGAAGACGCAGCGGCAGUAUGCGAAGCUGGCGAAACGCAGGAGCAUGCUAUGA